GAACUGGGGUGGUGUUCUUGGACACGAUGCUGCAGAUGAUCGUGGUUGGUUUGUCAGGGCGCAGUCUGCGUUUACCCACCAGGAUCCGCUCAGUCUGUGUUGAUCCAGUCGUCCACCUGGAGAAAGUCUGUGAUUAUGCUGAUGGAGUCAAAGCUGUGAAUGUCCAUGUGAACCGCUGCCUGGACACGGUGGUUGCGGGUGGAGUUCAGAUCAGUGGUCUACAUGCUACCGUAGCCCCCCGUCGACAGCAGCAGAGCCCCCCCACCCUGGAGGAGUUUGUGUUUGUUCCGUAUGUGGAGACGGAGUGUCUGAACAACCGUGGGAAACUGACAGAGCAGCUCAGCCUUUGUAAAGGCUUAAUCCACUCACUACAGCUGAAGCUGGCUCCUCAUGGGGUCAAACUGUCCAUCCCGGGUUUAGAGGGGGGGUCCCAGGGUCCGUUUCCCAGCCCUGAGCAGUGCGAGCCCGGCCUGGUGCGACUCCUGGGUCUGCUGUGUAGUUUGGAGCUGAAUGGAAACCUUCACUCUGAGCUGAAGCAGAUGAUGGAGAAUGAACGCACGUGUCUGCUGGAGGACGGCCUCCUGCGGGGGCUUCUGGAAGACCCCGCCCUCAGACACUGCCUGGACACCGCCAUGGAAAACAGCACGCCUGGAAGGAUUAAAGUCCUGGAGGCUCUGUCCAGUGAUGGCCGACUCUUCUCCAAGGCCUCGUCUUUUUUCAACAUCCAGCCCAUGUUGCACGUGGACUACACGGCCACGGCGGCCGACCCGGACCUGCUGACCCCCUUCACAUCAACCUUGGACCAAAUGGGAAUGGCUUCGGCUCAGUGGGACCCCCGAACAGGCCCCGCCCCCGGGGGCUCGGCAGGGGGGGCAGACUUGGUCAUGUGUAACCACGCCUGGGGGCCGUUACAAACCGACGCUAAAGCGCUGGUGGAGAACUUGUGUUCUGCUGCAAAACAGAGCGGGUUCAUCCUGGUCCACACCAUGUUGAAGGGGUUCACACUGGGAGAGAUGGUGUCAUUCCUCUGUGACACGGAUCAGAGCAGCGUUCAUCCAGGAUUACUGACACAGGCUGAGUGGGAGAACGUCUUCUUGGAGGCGGGCCUUAGCCUCGUUGCUGUCAAGAAGUCUUUUUAUGGCUCCGCCCUCUUCCUUUGCCGUCGUCGGGUUCCUGUGAAAGACCCCAUUUUUGUGACUGUGGACGACACCAGUUACAGCUGGGUGGAAACGCUCAAACUGACGUUGGCUCAACCAUCAGACAGUCCAGUCUGGUUGACCGCUUCUCAGCCCCACUGUGGCAUCGUGGGAAUGGUGAACUGUCUACGGCAAGAACCAGGAGGCAGUCGGAUACGUUGUGCGUUUGUGUCCAAUCUGAACGAGGCCUCAGUAACACCAACACUGCAGUCGAACGCUAAAUCCAUGCAUCCGUUACUGGAGAAGGAUCUGCUGAUGAAUGUAUUCAGAGAUGGACGCUGGGGGGUCUUCAGACACCAGCUCAUCACUCACGCUCUUAGAGAAGAGUUGACAGAGCAGGCCUACGUCAACGUUUUGACUCGAGGUGACCUGUCUUCACUCCGAUGGAUCGCCUCACCGCUCCGUCACUUUGUGAACGACGAUCCCAAUGUGCAGUUGUGUAACGUCUACUACAGCUCGCUCAACUUCAGAGACAUAAUGCUGGCCACAGGAAAACUGCCCCCAGAUGCAAUUCCAGGUGACCUAGCCCUGCAGCAGUGCAUGCUGGGGAUGGAGUUCUCUGGUCGUGACUCAGGCGGUCGGCGUGUCAUGGGGUUACUUCCUGCUAAAGGCUUGGCCACAUGUGUGGACGCUGACAAACGCUUCCUCUGGGAUGUUCCCUCAACCUGGACGCUGGAGCAGGCGGCCUCAGUACCUGUGGUUUAUGCCACCGCCUACUACUCUUUAGUGGUGCGAGGAAGACUCCGGUCCGGACAAAGUGUACUUAUCCAUUCAGGAUCAGGGGGAGUGGGCCAGGCCGCCAUCGCCAUCGCACUCAGCAAGAAAUGCAAAGUCUUCACAACAGUCGGCUCAGCAGAAAAACAAGUGUACCUACAGCAGAAGUUCCCUCAGCUGACAGCAGAGUCUUUCGCCAACUCCAGAGACACGUCCUUCGAAACACACAUUCUCAGACAAACAGGAGGCAAAGGUGUGGACCUGGUGCUCAACUCUCUGUCUGAGGAGAAGCUUCAAGCCAGUAUUCGAUGCCUUUCCAGACACGGACACUUCCUGGAGAUCGGCAAAUACGACCUGUCCAACAACUCCCCUUUAGGUAUGUCUGUGUUCCUUAAGAACGUCACCUUCCAUGGCAUCCUGUUGGACGCUCUGUUUGAAGAAGGAAACCCAGAGUGGGAGGAGGUGUCUGAGCUGCUGCAGAAGGGCAUUGAGGACGCUGUGGUCCAGCCCCUGAAGACCACCGUGUUUGGGAGGGACCAGGUGGAGCAGGCCUUCAGAUACAUGGCCCAGGGAAAACACAUCGGAAAAGUGGUCCUGCAGAUCCGUCCGGAGGAUCAGACAUUCCAAACUGGUUCCCCUUUGACUCUUCCUGCGAUCUGCCGGACUUUCUGUCCUGCCUCCCACUCCUAUAUCAUCACUGGUGGACUUGGGGGCUUUGGACUUGAAUUAGCUCAGUGGUUGACCGAAAGAGGAGCCCGGAAACUGGUGCUGACUUCCAGAUCAGGCAUUAGGAACGGGUACCAGGCAAAGCGAGUCCAAGAAUGGCGGAGUCAAGGUGUGGACGUGCUAGUGUCGACAAAUGACGUGAGCACGCUUGAAGGAACAGAAAGACUGAUCGGUGAGGCAUGCAGGAUGGGUCCAGUAGGUGGCGUCUUCCACCUGGCCAUGGUGUUGAAAGAUGGCAUGUUGGAGAAUCUAACUCCUCAGCUCUUCGUUGAUGUUAACAAACCAAAAUAUGAUGGCACCAUUAAUUUGGACAAAGUGACCAGAAAGUUAUGUCCAGACCUCAGCUACUUCGUGGCCUUCUCCUCUGUGAGCUGUGGCCGUGGCAACGCUGGCCAAAGUAACUAUGGUUACGCAAACUCAGCCAUGGAGCGCGUGUGCGAGAAGCGCCGCUACGAUAACCUACCCGGACUGGCAGUCCAAUGGGGAGCCAUUGGCGAUGUGGGUGUGGUCCUGGAGACCAUGGGUGGCAACGACACGGUCAUCGGUGGAACUUUACCUCAACGCAUCACGUCCUGCCUGGAGGCGCUGGACGCAUUCAUUUGCCAGCGGCGGCCGGUGAUGUCCAGCUUUGUCCUGGCAGAGAGGACGGUGGUCAAGACCGAAGCAGGAAGUCAGAGAGACCUGGUGGACGCUGUAGCACACAUUCUGGGUGUACGGGACGUCAACAGCCUGAACGCCGACGCCUCAUUGGCCGAUCUGGGUCUGGACUCGUUGAUGGGCGUGGAGGUUCGCCAGACGCUGGAGCGAGACUACGACAUCGUGAUGGCCAUGAGGGAGAUCCGCCAACUCAGCAUAAACAAGCUGCGGCAGCUGGCUAAUGGAAAACAAGACGUUUCAAAUGACUCUCAUCCAGCCAAGAGCGGCGUCAUUCGCUCUUUGAUGGACACGGAUCUAUCGCAGCUGUUGGUCGACCCUCGGGGCCCGACGGUGGUUCCGAUCAGUAAAGGUCAGACUCAGGACAGGCCGCUGUUCCUGGUCCAUCCCAUAGAGGGCUCCAUCGCUGCGUUUAAGACGCUCACAUCCCAGCUGACCAUGCCCUGCUACGGCCUCCAGUGCACCAACGCUGCUCCUCUGGACAGUAUCGAGUCCCUGGCGUCCUACUACGUGUCCUGUAUCAGACAGGUUCAGGCGGACGGGCCCUAUCGAAUCGCAGGUUACUCCUUCGGGGCGUGUGUGGCCUUUGAAAUGUGUUCUCAGCUGCAGAGGCAGAACCAGCCGGUGGAGGUCCUGUUCCUGUUUGAUGGAUCCCACUCCUACGUAGCAGCACACACACAGAGUUACAGAGCCAAGCUGACGCCAGGCAAAGAGUCUGAAGCUGAAACUGAAGCCAUGUGUGCGUUCAUACAGCAGUUCAUCAGCGCUGAGUACAGCAAGCUGCUGGACACUCUUCUGCCGUUGUCAGACCUGGAAGCUCGUGUGGCUGCUGUGGUGGACCUGAUCACCUCCACCCAUAAGGACAUCAGCACAGACCUACUGCGCUUUGCAGCUACUGCCUUUUACUGUAAGCUCAAAGCUGCCGACGUCUACGCGCCUGCUUCCAAAUACCAUGGCAAUGUGAUGCUACUACGUGCCAAAACCAGCAACCUGUACGCACAAAACCUUGGAGCUGACUACAAACUGAAGGAGGUCUGUGACGGUCAGGUGUCGGUCCGUGAAAUCGAGGGCGACCACCACACCUUCCUGGAGGGGGCGGGGGCAGCGUCCAUCAGCAGCAUCAUCAACAGCUUAUUGGCUCGUGGUUGACUGAGCCCGCCCAACAUUCACUCCCUCUACUGAAAUGAACAACAUUCCCAAAGUCAGUCUUUUUCAGCAGGUGGUUCCAGAUUUGGACAUGGAACCGUUUACGUACUCGUUCUGUUUCCCUUCGCCCUCGUACCCCCACUCACAUCAGGCCUCCACCACAAACCCACCAGUGUGCACAAGCAGACUGAUGACAGAGUAUACGUCACGUUUGCGUGUACAUUUUACACAAAACCAAUAGAACCAGGGCUCGAAAACUCAUGUUCUUUCAGGUUCCACAUUCACCCCAAUUUGAUCUCCAGUGGACCAGACCAGUCAAAUAAUAACAGAAUAACCUAUAAAUAAUGACAACUGCAAAUUGUUGU